GGGGCGCCCAAGAGCUUGCCAGAGGGCUCUAUUCGUUGUGAGGUCCUUCGUGGGAGCCUCAGCCAGUCCCAGCAUUCCUUGCGGCUUGGUCCGCCAACCCAUCUUGGCUCGAGCCCUCCUGGCGCAAGGCCCGUCUCCGCUGGACCCACUCGCUUGCGCGGCAGACCGUUCGUCCGUGGGCCGCACGCGGCUCUGCCCCCUGUGCGCGCAUGUCCAAGGCCGCGACGAAGACGAGCACGGCGGCGAGGGUGACCGUCUUGACCAGCCUCCCGGUCUCCCUCGCGUGGCGCUCCGCCGGCUUCCGCUGGGCGCAGGACGACAUGCCGGCAGAGUUCUCCCGCAUCGCGCCGCUGCUGCUCGGCUCGCUGCUGCUCUGCGUUGUGCUUCUCUUCCUCCUCCUCGCGGUGCACGGCCGCGCGGAGGCCCGCAAGGUAUGCAACAGGAGGUAUGCCAGCGCCGCCCUUCCGGGAGUCUUUUCCGCGUUGACCUUCGUGCUUGAAAACUUCGCGCUCGCGAACGGCCUCAGCGCGACCCUGGUGGUUCUGCUCAACAAGUGCGCGAUUCUGCCGGGCGUCCUCGGGGAGAUCCGGUUGACGCGGACCACGCCGUACCGCACGCAGCUCCUCACCAUGGCGGCUUUGCUCUUGUGCAUCAUCGUCUACUCUCUCGGUGACGAGGGCGAAAUUAACAUGUCGCUGGUCGGGUUGCUCUUGGGCCUUGGUGCAGCCCUCUCAGAUGGAGUCGGCGACAUCGCCUUUGAGGCCACGGCGAAGUCCUGCCUCGACGACCUGGAGGAGGAUUCGGGUGCCGAGACGCUCAGGUGCUUCCUCGUGAACGAGCUGUACAAGUCCGUGUUCAACAUCAUCUUGAUGCUCGUGUUCGAGCACAAUUACUUGUCGCGAGGUCUUUUCCAUGGCUGGGGCCUCCCCAUGCUCGUCGGCGGUGUCAUGUCGCUCCCCGUGAUGGUCGCGCUUUACAACACGGCCAUCUUGACGGCCGGCAACUUGAAGACCAGGAUCGCUGCGUCCGCCGAUAUCGGCAUCGCCUAUGUGAUGGAUGCGAUUAUCUUCGGUGACACGGUCAGGAUCUCCCAGUGCCUGUUGAUCCUCGCCAUCAUCGCCCUGAUCGGCGUCUACACCCAGUUCGCCGUCGACGUGCAGAAGGCCGCCGCAGACUCCCCCAUCAGGUCGGAGAAGCCAGACGCAGAUAUUGUGUAUGUAGUGUAAAAAGUUGUUCGCGGCCCCUCAUCGGGGGAGCUCUGCGUCUCGGCCAAGGCUGGCGACCGCAGUAGUAGCAGUAGUCUUGUUGCCUACGGGCGAUGGAACUCUUGGCGGUAAUUCGGACGAGCAAGGGGUCAUGAUAAUGAUACUUUCCCAGAUUUCCAGGAUGUCCACUUGUUCUUGAUGUUUCUCGGGGCUGCAGAAUCGAGGACCACUAGGUUCGCUGGAAAUCCUGGAACGUAUCCUGAACCAAUCCUAUCAUGACAUCGUCCUCGCCUUAUUAUUGGACUACCACCGCGGCUAGGGUUGUUGGACGACCACCGCGGCUAGUCUUGACGCCAUUGUUACUACGAUGGCAGUCGGCACUACAACUGAGCAAGUGCACGCAUCGGGCCGCAGCGAUACCAACCGUGGCCAAAUGCUUUACCGACAUGCAUACACAUCAGCGAUGCCAAUCUGACGCUUCGAAGCUGCGGCCAACCUGCUACUAUUGCACACGUAUUUUCCGACGAUGUCGUCCGUAGGGUGACUUGUCUCUUACGUGGAAGGAAGGUUCUCGAUCCGCGCGCGCGUUGUUUUUCUUGCCCUCCUGGUUGCAAAUGCUAGGGAUGGUGCAGACAUCGCCUGCGGUUCCUGUUUCGUCGGUCUAGUUUCAGAGAGCGUCUGCUGAGCUGGCCUGAGCUCGCCUGCGCUGUCUGGGAUCUGUGCCCAGCCUUUUUUGCUGCCAACAACGUUAAUCAUAAUUUAUGGUCCCCCAUAUCCUGAGAAUCGGGUUCUUGCUAUUACUCCGGCCGCGCCGACUGCUCACCUUCACCUCCCUCCUCCUCUUCCUCAUCAGACAAGUGUAUUUCCUCCGUCUCCAUUCUUCACGAUGCCUGUCAUAGCGCUCUUCUCGAAUGAUGCUGCCUGAUCGUGCCUAUCGACUGGUGCUCUGCGCGCCCAGCGACCGUCAUUGAGCCUCGGGGCUCUCCUGAGACAGGCGCCGUGGGCUCAUUUUCUGGCCGUCAGCUGGCUUGCGGUUGCUUCCCUGAAGUGCACGCCCAGCGCGUUGCAUCCACGUCAUGUCGGUGAUUGCUGCCGAGUAUUUGCCCGAACCUCUCCCCCUUCUCGCUUGUCUUUCGCCUCCUGCGUCCUCAACGCUCCGUCAUUCCUCGUUCCUCCUGCACGUGCUCCGCCAUCCGGCGUGACAGCGCGCGCAUUCCGUUUCAAGUCAGACUUCGAGCAGCGCGCGCAUUGACGUGGAGCGCUAACUUCGUCCUUAAACAGGGCUUGAGAGUCAUGGAGGCUGAACAGCAUGCCUUGCGGUUUGGGGGGCUUUCGUCCGCAGUUCGUCGGACUCCGUCGACAUUCGGACGAAAUCUGGACGAAAAGGUG